AUGGCCCCCGUGAAGCGCAGAGAUCUGGUCUUCGCCGCUGUCGCCGUAUUCAUCGCCUGGGGCUACCUGACCCAUUGGCAGCCGAAGCUGCACUAUCUGCCCUACGCCUUCAUCGCCGGAGUACUUGCAACGCUUGCGCUACUAGCAUGGCUCACCUUCACGAUUGCCUGGGACAAAGACGUACGAAGCGGCGGAAAUGUCGACUAUGGACCGCGCCAUGUCGCCUUCGUUGCGCCGGAGAGGUGGAAGGCUGAGAGGGAGGCUAUGGAUAAGAGGAACACGUACAUGAUGGAGCCGCUAUACCCUGCGUCCUUCAUGAUAUCAGACAGUAUUGACGUGCUGAUUGGGCUGAUACUGCGCGACUUCGUGAAGAGCUGGUACGGCAGUAUAAGCAAAAGCCCAACAUUCGUCAACGAGGUGGACCGGGCGGUACGCGCUUCAAUGGGCGAGAUACGGGAACGCAUACUGGCAGUAGAUAUGGUCGAGACAGUCGUGUCGCGCAUGAUACCCCUUAUCACCGAUCACCUGCGAGCGUCCUACGAAGCAGAGCGAAUAGUUCGUGGACGCAAACUGUCACGGGAUAUUACAGAUUCCGAGGAGCUUGACCUGGCCAUCGCAGCGAAAUACAAGGAGGGCCGGUUGCAUCCGGCAGCCUCAUUGGCAUAUUCGAAUACCAAACCUAUACAGCAGCAGCAUCUACGAAGCAUCGUCACGCGACUACUGCCAAAAAUCAUGCCUGCGAACAUGUCCACCAGUCCUGCCGUCAAUGUACUGAUCAAAGAGCUUGUGGCCUGUGCGGUCCUAUUUCCUGUGAUGCAGAUGCUCGCUGACCCGGACACAUGGAACCAGCUUAUGGAGGGCUAUGGACGAUCGUUGAUCCAAGAAAGGAAGACUGUCCGCAAAAUUCGAGCUGCCCUUGACGAACAUGCUCCGCCGUCACCGAAGAACCCCAAGAAUGUUCAGUUCCCGAAGCUUGCGCCCGGCGACAACGAGCGACGAUUCGAACGUUUUAUACGAGCUAUUCGGCAAACCAAUACCCUUGCAGAUGCUAGACGAUUUCGCAGCGAGGUAUCAAGUCAGCUACGCAAGGACUCGAUGCUGGAGGGUCAAGACCCUGUAUAUCUUCGGCGUCUAGAAACAGCGCGACAAAUCCUGGAUACAAAGGUCGCCAACCUCAGCGCUGGUGGCUCGGUUCGGGCGAAAGUUGCCGCACAGGAGAAGCCGAAGCACAAACGUACUUCGUCCAAAUUCGCCAAUGCGUCUCUGCGCGAAGUGUUGUACGAUGCCUCCGGCCUGUCUUGCUUCAUGGAGUUCAUGGAUCAGGCGGACCUGAUGCGGCUAGUGCAGUUUUGGAUUGUGGUGGACGGCUUUCGCAAUCCCUUAGAAGUAGAGACAGAAGAAGCGCCGGACUACAUAGGUUCGCUACCUGCAUGGACAGAGUCUGAUCGCGCAGAUCUAGCGCAGAUCUAUGACGGAUACUUGUCAAAACCAGAGUUGAAGAUACUCCCUGAAGCCAGGCAAGCGGUUGCAGAGUUCCUUAAAGCUGGGCGGAAAGCGACGCCACAGCAGUAUCAUAAUGCACGGCGUUCUCUGUUACAGGCCCAGACGGCUGCGUACGAUCAGUUACAAGAACCCUACUUCCGAAGGUUCAAGAAAUCCAACUUGUACUACAAGUGGCUAGCCAUGGACGAGGCGGCGAACGCUCAGAAUAGCACUGUCAAUACCAGGACUGUAGCGCAAACACUCGACAAUCCAUCUGGGGCAGCACCGGCCAUGGUCCGGACCCAAUCACGGCAAAAGAACGCAUUGCAAAUCCCACACGGAGAUCUGCGCCGAGCUGUAGCAUCAUCGUCAGAUCUGAAGAGUCAAGGAAUUGUUAAGAACGCUGAGCCACCCGCACGGCGUUCUUUGGAUGUACAGACGCCAUCGUCCGCACGCGUACCCCUGUUUGACGACGACUACGACUCUGACCCUCUCGCACACUCGACUGCAAGUCUGAACUCUGAUUUUGGCCAUGAUCGCUCCAAUGGCAACAAUACGCAAGUGGUCGAUGCCAUGCAAGCUGCUAUUAUCGACAUCAUGGACGAGCCUGAGGGGUCUAUCUUCUACGAGCCAAGCCUAAAGUCGCCACUGGACAACAUCUCCAUGCGCGGAUCCGUUGAUCUACCUCGAACGUCGUCCCCAGGUCCUCAAGCACAAUUACAGCAAAGCAAAGACGGCCUCAAACCAAGCAUAGCGUCGCUAGGCCUAGUCGGAGAGCCCAGAACACGUGGAGUCUUUGAUGAUGAUAUAUUUGGUGAUGAAGAAAGGUUUUUGGAAGACGAGAUUGAUGACCCUGUGCCAAGAAGUAAAGCUGAAGAGGAAGAAAUACAUGAGGCAGCGCCUGGAGAUCUAGGUCUUGCUGAGGCUAUCGACGCGCUUACUGCAGAUAUCGAGCGCUUGGUAUCGCAAGAGUCUAUCGUGGACUCCCUCACAUCGAAGGCUGAGCUAACAAAUAAUGCCGCCGAACUGAGGAUCUUGCGCAAGUCGAAAGCUAGCCUUCAGCGGGAGAUACAGAGGAAGGAACUACAACGUCAACAAUAUAUCGUUCAAGAGAGCGACAACAGCUUAUAUGGACGGGCGACUGUGUUCAUCCAGUCAAUUAUGGUGGGUACUGAGGAAGACGGCAAGGAGUACGCUAUGUAUGUCAUCGAAGUUCAACGACGCGCGGGUGAUCAGAUGCCUGCCGCCACUUGGGUCGUCUCGCGACGGUACAGCGAGUUCCACGAACUAAACAAAAGGCUCCGUGUGAAGUUCCCACAGGUGCGAAGCCUGGAAUUUCCACGCCGUCAGAUGAUGCUCAAGCUCCAGAAAGACUUCCUGCAUAAGAGGCGCCUUGGACUUGAGAAGUACCUGAGGGAACUCCUACUGAUUCCAGCUGUAUGCCGCAGCCGUGAACUACGCGCCUUCCUCUCUCAAGCUGCGAUCAGCCCCGCCGAUGCCUUGAGAAACCAAAACCCGAACUCUAACGACUUUGUGACUCGCAUCUACAACUCAGUCGCUGAUGGCAUGGAGGAAUUUCUGGGCAACAUACCAGUCCUCGAUCAACUAUCUGUCGCAGGCCAGAACCUCAUAUCAGCUGCUACCACCCAGCUCGUCAAUACGAAUGGAGCGACUGCCCAGCCUGCCCACCUUGCCUCAUCUGGGGUCCUGGUUGCUGGCGAACCCAACAACGAUGCAGAAGCAGAAGCAGAACUACUCGCCUUCGAAAACAAAGAGCUUGAACCAUUUGUAAAACCAAUAUGCGAUAUUUUCCUGGAGACCUUUGAGCUCAACCGCGAGAAUAACUGGCUCCGAGGUCGCGCAGUCGUCGUAGUCCUACAUCAACUCCUCGGUGGCACCAUCGAACGCAAAGUCCGUGAGUCCUUCGACAACCUGCUAUCUGAGAACAACAUUGUCAAGUACAUCGACACAUUGAAGGACAGCAUGUGGCCCAAUGGCAGAAUGAAGGCGAGCGUUGAGCGAACCAGCAAGGACAAAGAGGGGAGUAGGAAAGCUGCGAGUGAGGUCCUCAGUACUUUGGUGCCUGAACUGGCAAGCAGUGUGGUGGGGAGACAGAAUGCGCAGUUGGCGGCGAAGAAGAUUGAGGGGACUAUCAACAAUACGCGGUUGAAUACGCAUAUUGCUUUUACUCUCUUGGACGAGAUGGUUCAGGUUCUGUUUCCGGAUGUAGGGACGAAGUAA